AUGACACUUGGAUCGUUGCAUCGUACUCUUCUUUUCGACGUGUCAUCAUCAUCAUCAUCUUCCUCAUCUUUUGCAAACGUUUGGAAUCUCACGUCCGAUCCCAUAUUCGACGGUUAUCUCGAAAAAUUAUCGAACGAAACAUUCGAUAAAAAUCAUUCCGCCGCAUUCAACGGAACGGACGAUGAAGUUUGGGAUAAAUUCAUACUUCCAUGGUGGCGACAAUUGAUAUGGUCGAUACUCUUCGCCGUAAUGAUAAUCGUUUCCACGGGCGGAAACUUGAUAAUUAUUUACAUCGUUUUAACGAAUAAAAGAAUGAGAACGGUCACGAAUUAUUUUCUCGUUAAUUUAUCGAUUGCUGACACGAUGGUGUCGACUCUUAACGUUACAUUUAAUUACACGUACAUGUUGAAUUCCGAUUGGCCUUUCGGAUAUUUAUAUUGUAAGAUAAAUCCAUUCGUUGCCGUCAUAACGAUUUGCGCGAGCGUUUUCACACUCAUGGCAAUAUCCAUCGACAGGUACAUGGCGAUAAUGAAUCCUUUAAGGCCGAGAAUGGGUCGUAAAAUGACGUUGGGAAUAGCGGCCGGAAUAUGGAUCGUCGGCAUAUUUCUAUCGAUUCCAAAUCUUAUUUUUUACACGUUGGAAGUUGUUAAAUUCGAACAGGGUCACGAGCGAAGAGUUUGUUACAUGGUUUGGCCGGAUGGACCGACAAACGAAAGCAUACAAGAAUAUUGGUACAACGUAAUAUUCAUGUUACUCACAUACGUUUUACCCAUCGGUUCCAUGACUUUUACGUAUACCAAAGUCGGUUUGGAACUUUGGGGUAGUCAAAGCAUCGGAGAAUGCACUCAAAGACAAUUAGAAAAUAUUAAAAGUAAAAGAAGGGUUGUUAAAAUGAUGAUAGUCGUCGUUGUUAUUUUCAUGUUAUGUUGGCUUCCCUUUCACACUUAUUUUAUAUUAACGUCACAUUUUCCGGAAGUCACGCAAACAUCUUACAUACAAGAAGUUUAUCUUGCUAUUUAUUGGUUGGCAAUGUCGAACGCCAUGUAUAAUCCCAUUAUUUACUGUUGGAUGAAUUCUAGAUUUCGUAGAGGUUUUAAAGAAAUAUUUAGUUGGUGUCCGGGAGUUGAAGUCGGACCGGGAUUGCUGUCAAGAAGAGAUCCUGUCACUGCGAAAUUUAGUGUUUCUGGUUCACCGGAAGCUGCUUGCAGAAUAUUACGAAACGGUAAGUGA